UUAAAAUAUUUAAUAAAUAAAAAUGGUGAUCAAUUGUGGUGUAUCUGGAUGCGAAAGUAAAGCGAGUGAAACAAAAAUGCAUGUGUUACCUGGCGAUAAUCGAUUUAAGAUUCGGGCUACAUUCAUUGGACGUCCGGACUCGGAUAUUUCAAAACGAAAAUCUUACCGUAUUUGCGAUAAACACUUUCCGGAAGAAAUGAAAUAUGCUACAUUUCACAAUGUUACAAAUCUUAAAAAGACUGCUUUGCCGGUUAAUAAAGAAGUCCAGAGAAAUGCAGAUGUGGAAGAGGCGUAUUCUACUUUGGAGGUGAAUGUUUCAAGGCCAAAUGAAUUGGUUCAAGAGCCUGGUAGUUUGAAAGAAUUAGCUGUUCCUGGUCCGAGUCGUUUGGUUCAAGAAAAAUCACCUCCUAGAACACCUGUGUCUCUACAUGGUGCAGAGUAUUUGGACUCAUUAACAAAAGUUAGAUUGUCGCCUCAGAAAAAGCGAUUGUAUAUUACAGCACAAAAAUUUCAACGGCGGGCAUCAUACCAGCUUCGCAAGUCGUUAAAUUUUCAAGCUCGCUUAAAAAAAGCAGAACAAUUCUCGUCGCAAGCAAGUUUCAAUAAACUUACAGAAACUCUGAACGAGAAUUGCAGGAAGUUUUUUUUUAGUCAGAUUAGUUGCUCAAAAAAGAAAAUGAAGGGGCGUCGAUUUCGUAAUAAAGUUAGUCAACAUUCAGUGUGA